AGUGAGGCCCUGCUGUUUGUUCAGCCAGAGAGAGGCAGAGAAGAAAAAUGGCGGCCCUGGGCGAGCCUGAACGGGACGCCGGGCUAACGUUUUGAGCUUUCAGAUUCGAAGGGACGCUGGGGGCUUCAAGGUGCUGCGUUAUUUUUUGGGGGGACCAGCUCUGUUCAGCUCUCUAGGGCCACCUUUUUCGCUCGCAUUUGCGUUUAUGCCGUUUGCACGCAAACCUCUGGAUUGUAAAAUAAUAGAUAUCGCCUAUCAUGAGAGGGAAAAGGGGCAGGCCGCCCAAACCGCUACAAACCGACGAAGCAUCCCCAGCUACAACCAGGGGUUUGCGACCCAGGAGGAACCUGAAGCCGAAGUUUAGAGACAGCGGGGAUGAGGACGCCGAUAGCCCGACCAGAGAGCCCCCUAAACCGAGCAGAAAGAGGAAAGCAACGUCAACACGGGGCAGGGGACGAGGCAGAGGCGGCGGUGGGAGAGGAGGCAGAGGUGGUCGGGGUGGAAGGCGGACGGCUGGCCCCAAAACAGUGGUGUACGAUGACCACGAGAGCGACGAAGAGGACGAUGCUGUGAGUUUACGAUCGGAGGAGGACGAGUUUGUCGAGGAGGAACCUCAGUCCGAGGAGGAUGAGGCCCUUAAAGAGGAUUCCGAUUGCCUGGAAGAAGAUGUACUGGACGAGGAAGAGGAUGAUGCCAGUUUCUGCACCGAGAGUAGCUUUCGGAGUCACAGCACUCAUGCCAGCACUCCAGGAAAGAAGAAGUUACGGGCACCCCGUCCUCGAACUCCCGUUCUCGAAGAUAAGGAAAUCCCCCCUCUCGAGCUCCCGGAGGCCUCUGAGGAUCUCCUGGUGCCCAGCGAGGAGGUGCUCAACAUCAGCUCCAUCUACGAGGUGCUGCGGAACUUCAGCACGGUGCUGCGUCUCUCCCCUUUCCGCUUUGAGGACUUCUGCGCUGCAUUGGGCGGCCAGGAGCAAUGCACCUUAAUAGCAGAGACUCAUAUCUCCCUUUUGAAGGCCAUCCUGCGCGAGGAAGACUCCUCCAACACUACUUUUGGCCCUGCAGAUCUUAAGGACAGCGUCAACUCCACUCUGUACUUUAUCGAUGGUAUGACGUGGCCUGAGGUUUUACGGGCUUACUGUGAAAGCGACAGAGAGUUCCACCAUGUUCUGCCAUACCUAGAGACGGACGAAUAUCCCUGUGGUUCUCUGGAAAGCAAAAUCAAGGUGCUACAGUUCUUAGUGGACCAGUUCCUAACUACAAACAUUGCCCGGGAGGAGCUGAUGUCUGACGGCAGCAUGCAGUACGAUGACCACUGCCGUGUGUGUCACCGUCUGGGAGACCUGUUGUGCUGUGAGACGUGUUCCGCUGUCUACCAUCUGGAGUGUGUUAAACCACCACUGGAAGAGGUUCCAGAGGACGAGUGGCAGUGUGAGGUUUGUGUGGCUCACAAGGUGCCCGGAGUCACAGACUGUGUGACCGAGGUGCAGAAAAACAGGCCCUACAUCCGGCAGGAGCCCAUCGGAUACGAUCGCCACCAGAGGAAAUAUUGGUUCCUAAAUCGAAGGAUUAUUAUUGAAGAAGAUGGGGAAAAAGAGAAGAAAAAAAUCUGGUACUACAGCAGCAAAGCACAGCUGGAGGAGCUCAUGGAGUGUCUGGAUAAGGCGUACUGGGAGACCGAUCUUCACGCCACCCUGGAGGAGAUGAAGGAGGAAAUGCACGCUCACAUGGACAUCACAGAGGAGCUUACCAACAAAGCUCGUGGAAACAGUAAAGCCUACCUCACCGCCAUCAAUGAGGUUUCCGUGGAGCGUUUGAAGAUCCGGCGAGAAUUGGAGGAAUCAAAGAAACGAGCAGCAGAGACAGAGAAGGAAGCAGAACAGGGCUCUCUAAACGCAGCUGGGGAUGAUGGCGAUACCUCAGCGCAACAAAACAAACCAGAGUAUGCUGAGCUGACGGAAGGUGCCAGCUCACAAGCAGCUGCCGUUCAGCCUCCCUCAGAGGAGAGAUGCGUGUCAGAUAAACCCGCCUCUGCCCCCCAGGAUGCAGCUGCAACUAAGACUGAAUCGCUUGAGUCAAACACUGAAACAGAAACUGAUCAUCCUGGAAACCAGGAGAAGGGUUUUGCCCCUCAGCUGGCAGAGCAGGGACAGACAGAUGGCCGCCCGAAGUCAGAGUCUGCUUGUGAUAUCGCUGAUGGUGAUAAGUCAUUGUCACAGACCCAGGAUGAAUCCCAUCAGCCGGCGGCAGCGAGUGACAGCAGCCGGGUUUCUGCCCCUGACGAUCCUAAACAGGUGGAGCCUCCUGACCUGGCGGACAGGUCCUCCCGGUCCUCUUUUACCAGCCAGGAUGGGACUGAGGAGUAUAAUGAAAGGAAUAAGAAGGGGAGUGGAGCAGAACAAGAACCGAAGAGACGCAGUGAAGAGACACCUGGAGGAAUUCUUGCUGCUGACACGCCACAUCUCAGCUUCUUGAAAAGGGACCUGGCGGUGAACGUAAACAACCUCUUCAAGCUGGGUCAGGAGGGUAAAUACAGGGUGUACCAGAACCAGUACAGCACCAACACAUUGGCACUUAACAAACAUCAGCACCGGGAAGACUACGACAAGAAACGCCACCUGUCGCACAAGUUCAGCUUGACCACAGCGUCGGAGUUCAAAUGGAACGGCUCCAUCCACGGGUCGCGGAGUUUGACGGUGGCCACGCUGCGCCUGACUAUAAUCCAGCUGGAAACCAGCAUCCCCGGACCGUUCAUGCACCCCAACUGGGCGUCACACAGGACCAACUGGAACAAAGCAGUGCAGAUGUGCAGCAAGGCCAGAGAGUUUGCUUUGGCCUUGGCUAUCCUGGAGUGUGCAAUUAAACCAGUGGUUAUGCUGCCUGUAUGGAAAGAUUCUCUCGGCCACACAAGAAUGCAUCGGAUGACCUCAAUGGAGCGAGAUGAGAAGGAAAAGGUGAGAAAGCGUGAGAAAAAACUGGAAGAUGAGGAGACUUUGCAGCAGGCCACGUGGGUGAAAUACACCAUCCCCAUCAAACACCAGGUAUGGAAGCAGAAAGGGGAAGAGUAUAGAGUAACGGGAUACGGUGGUUGGCUCUGGGUCAGCAAGACGCAUGUUCCACGUUUUGUUCCGAAGCUGCCGGGAAACACCAACGUAAACUACCGCAAAGAACUCCAAGCCAAAUUGAGAGAGAAAAAUGAAGCAGCUUCUGUUAAGGUGGAGGAUUUGAAGGAAAGCAAGAAUCCGGUCAGUCAGAGCUCAGAGGACAAGGAGCUGGGACCAAACUCUGCAUCGUCUCUGGAUGCAUCUUUGGUUAAUGAAAGCAAGAAUGAGAAAGAAAAAUCUGUUAAUGAUGAGCAUCCAAAACCUGCUGGAGAAGAGAAAGGAGAGGAGAAAAUGGAUGUCGACUCCAACCAAGAGGCCCCUGACAAGAAAGAUGAAGUGAAAGUGAAUUGUCCGUCUCCAGAUUCUGUUCAUCCUCCUGAAAAAGAACCAACCCAGAUACCAGGAGAACCCAAACAAGAGGAGAUCCCAGCUAAAAUCUUCUACGAUGUGGUGAACGUCAGCGAAGGCUUCCAGCUGCGGACGGCGUACAAGAAAAAGGUAAAGCCAUCCAAACUAGACGGACUGCUGGAGCGCCGGGUCAAACAGUUCACCCUGGAGGAGAAGCAGAGACUGGAGCGGAUGAGGCAGGCGGCCCUGCUGUCCAAAAUGAAAGCCACAAAGCCCACAGCUGGGGGGACGGCGGAAGCCCCGGCGACGAGCGAACAGCAGGCUGCUGAGACCCCGAAAACAGAGAAGGACGACAACUUCCAAGGGAAAGAUCCUGUGGUUAAAAAGCUCAACUUUGAUGGGGAGAUCACGGAAACAAAGACAGAGGUUAAAUCUGAGGCGGAUGUAUCUGAAGUCAGCGCUACACAUGGGAGCAAGGGGGAGGAUUGUUCCCAUAAGGAAGUGAACGGAGAACCAGAACUCAACAGUAAAAAUAAUCAUCUGUCAGAGAUGACUGAAAACAAAGAUAAACCACAGAAGAUGGGGGACAACCCCAAGAAACGCAGCUACGAAGAAAUGGAUCAGAGCAGCGAUCAGAAGGGUUUAGAAGGAGCGGAUUCCACCCAAGACAAAAGCAGCCUUUCACAGAUUAACGGGAAAAACCCGACUGCAGAUUCUGAAUCCAGGGUCCAUGGCGACGCUUUGGACCCGGACAGAGAACCUGUUAAAUCUUUAAUGAAUGGGAACCUCUCGAGAAGUGAUUUAUCCAACGUAACGCACCCACCGCCUCUAAAAGUCGCAAAGUUAGAGAAUCACGUUGAAGAGGGAGUAGAGACCCUGAAUAAGAGGGAACAUCCAACCACAAACCAUGAGGCCCCCCUCCCUGUAAAGAUGGAAUCGUCCACUACUUCUUGUCACAAUAGUAAUAUUACAGACAACUGCACUUCUAAUGAGGAUGUAAAGACAUCCGUCACUAAAAUCUCCCCAAGAGAGCCUCCGUAUUCUUCUAUGCAAGACAAAUCCAGCAGUUUCACUAAGACUCCUCAAACUUCGCAGGCAGAAAGCAGCUCAGUUUCCUCCAAUAGCGCCGCUGGUGCCGUCACCCAGCCGGGCGUAGCAGCAGCCGGCUCCCAGAGAAGGAAACCCAGUGAUGGCAAAACCAUCGCCCCCGCCAGCUCCAUGACCAUCAGUAAAGAAUAUUCCACCAGAGACAGAGUCAGCCUGCUGCGCUUCUCCAAAUUCAAGAAAGCCCGCUCUGGAACGGCGCUGCCGUCCUAUCGCAAAUUUGUGACGAAGAGCAGCAAGAAGAGCAUUUUCGUGCUGCCAAACGACGACCUGAAGAGGCUGGGGAGGAAGGCGGGCAUCAGGGAGGUCCCCAUCUUCAGCUACAACGCCAAGCCUGCUCCCGAUAUCUGGCCCUACCCUUCACCUCGGCCCACCUUCGGCAUCUCAUGGAGAUACCGGCUUCAGACUGUGAGGUCACUGGCGGGCGUUAGCUUGAUGCUGAGGCUGCUGUGGGCCUGCCUCAGGUGGGACGACAUGGCCGUGAAGCCUUCUACUGCGGUUGGAACGACCCGGAAAGAAACUACAGACACAGAUAUAAUCACAACAGAGAUUAUCAGACGGAGAGACAUCGAGCCGCAUGGCAUUCGCUCUGAAUACUGCAUUCGGAAGAUCAUCUGCCCCAUCGGAAACAGGGACACCCCCAAAGAAACUCCAACCCCUCAGAGGAAAGGUCUGCGAUCGAGUGCCCUGAGGCCUAAAAAGCAGGAACCUGCCAAACAGACGGGGCCUGUCGCCGUGGAGACCUGGGUCCCUGAGGAGGAGCUGGAGCUUUGGGAAAUAAAAGCCUUUGCAGAGAGAGUUGAAAGAGAGAAGUCACAAGGUUUAGACCCGUCCAAAAGCGGCGGGACUCUGAAGACGGCAGAGGAAGUAAAGGCCCACCUGGAGAACCAGCUGAAGCAGGCCAGGCUUGCUGCCCAGCAGAAACGUUUCGAGCAGCAAAAACUGAAUACGACUGCCACUACUUCCACCACCACCACCACUACCACUGCAAUCAGCGCUCCCACCACAGGCCAGAGGAUGAGUCAGAUAACAUCGGGGGCCAAGAUGGCGUUGGCCUCCAAGCUGGGCUCCCCAGUUCCAUUCCAACAGGACAAGAACUUCCACCAGUCCUUUGCUUCCUGGGUGAAACAGGGCCAGAACAACAGCAGCUCAGCCUCCGCGGCCGGCAGCAUCACCACCUCAGAGCAAACCUUCCAGAUCGCUGGCGGCCCAGUGACUGUGGCCGGCCACGUCCUCGCCGCCAAACUACCACUGCCCGCUAACAGCAAGAUUGUCACACUCAAAGUGCCUUCUACUCAAGGAGGUGUAGUUCAGCAGAAGGUUCUGAGCAUUUUCCCCUCCGGCCCUCCUGCUAACCUGCGGACGUACAGCACCUUACAUCCUACCACCGGGAAUCUCAACCUCAGAGCCUCCAGCUCCCAGCAGAAGACCACUACAACUGUGAGCCAGACUCCACCUGGUGCAUCAGGGAACCAGACGGCUUCUCCGUCUGUCUCUACGGGUUCAACGAUGGGUCGAAAUUCAGCCGCAGUUCACCAAGGUCCAUCUCAGCAGCCUGCAGGCACAGCCACCCCCGUUGCCGCUCCGGCUCCAAGAGCUGCCGGUGUGGCUUCCUCUUCCGGAGCCGCCGGCACGACUCCCGGGCAGCCCUCCGUGGCAUCGUCGCAGGCCCCGAGACCGCAGCAGGGCCAAGUAAAACUGACCAUGGCCCAGCUCAUGCAGCUGACACAAAGCGCACAGGCAGGAAACCCAGGUCUGACGGUGGUGAUCCAGGGUCAAGGCCAGACCCAGGGCCAGCUCCAGAUCAUCCCACAGGGCGUCGCCGUCAUCCCCGGCCCCGGUCAGCAGCUAAUGCAGGCCGUCAUGCCCAACGGACAGACCCAGCGCUUCCUCUUUACUCCUGUGAUCCCAUCAUCAACACCUUCAACCUCGGCCCCUGUGAACGCCUCCCCUGCAAAACCCGCCACCACUCCGAGCCCUCUGACCCAAAUGCCCGUGCCACCUCAGGCGCGAGGUGUAGCCCAGGUCCAGACGACGCCAUCAUCUUUAGCCCAAGCGCAAAUGGCCGCCCCCCUUCCUGCCCCUAUACACGCUGCAAACCCCUCAGUGAAGCCGAGCUGUGCCCCCAGCCCUGGUUCUGCUCCCCUUCAGACCCAAGUCCCGUCUCCUAUGAGUGCUGCGCAGCUCGCUGCGUCAGCCCAGGCUUCUCCACAGACACACGCUUCAGCCACGUCAUCCAUCCCUGCACAGUCACCCAUGUCUUCACCCGGGCCUUCUUUAGCACAGCCUUCCACACAGGCGUUAGCCGCCACACCACCGCGAGUCACACAGCCCCAAGCAUCGACGCCCGUCAGUGACCCCACACAGAACCUAAGCCCAGGUGUGAUUUAUAAACAAGGCCUUACAGCCGGCUCACCCCCAGCACAAACCCAAACUUCUCCUCCUGUAGCGAGCCACGCCGCCCCACAGGUCCAGUCUCAGUCCGCCUGUGUACCCGCAGGCUUAACCUCCACCCACCUCCUGAUGCCGACCUCUGCUCCAGGGCCUGCCGCGGUCACCAGAGCAGCUCCUCAGGUCUCAACCCAAAUUCCUGUUUCCGCCUCGUUACCUUCGCCCGUCCCCAUACCAACGCCGGCCCUCGCUCCCGUCUCCACUCCGGUCAUAGCCGUCGUCUCCACCCAGGUCUCCAUGCCCUCCCCAGCUAAAGCCCCCACCCAGAUACAGGCUGCACCUUCUGUGCCCCUUCAUGCAGCCAUGGCCAACGCUGUCGUGACGCCGGUUACAGCUACCUCCACCAUCCCGUCAGUGCCAGCUCUGAUAGAACAGAGGACAGCUCAGACCAAAACCUGGACUCCAUCAAUUUCUCAAGCUCCAGUCCAGACGGUUCAGCAGGCUGCUACUCCAGUCACACCACCCUCUGCGCCGUUUGUUCCUUCCUCCGCUCCUGCAAAUGUCUCCAUCCACUCUCCUGUCGCGCCUUCGCCUCAGACAUCUCAGACUCCAAACUCACAGGUUCUGGUCCAGCAUCCUGCCAUUGUAUCAAUGCAGCAGGUGUCCCAUGUGGCCGCAUCAGCGGUGCAGGUUAAUAUGAAGGGAAUACCGGUUUCCUCCGUCGUAUCCGCUGUGAGACCCGGACAGGUUCAGCACAUCCAGGCUCAGGUCCACCCGCCGUCACAGGCUCCCAUCCAGCCCCAGAUCAGAGUUCAGUUCCAACCGCAACCACAGACACCACAGUCACCUCAGCCCCAAGUGCAGCCCCUCACUCAGAUCCAGUCCCCCACGCCGCUCCAGGCCAGAGCCCAACCUCAGUACCACCCCCAGGUUCAAGCUUCCUUUCAAACACAAAGUCAGCCGGUGCAGCAGUCCCAGCCUCAGACACAACCUCAGACCCAAACUCCGCUUCACCCGCAGCCCCAGGUCCAAACCCAGAUCUUCCCCCAGGUUCAGAUCCAGCAGCAGAACCAGAUUCAUCCUCAGACUCCCCUGAAUCCCCACAUUCAGUCCCAGCUGCAAACACAGCCUCACUUUUCCAUUCAGUCACCGCAGCAAACCCAGGUCUCCCAACCGCUGCAGGUGCAGCCCCACAGCCAGGUCCAGGCAAAGCUCCAAGUCCAGUUCCAACCUCAGAACCAGCCUCAGGUUCAAGCACAGCCUCAGCUCCAGGUCCAGUCUCCAAUCAGACAUCAGCUCAUCACGGUUUCAGGCCUCCAGCAGCCCGUCCAGCUGCUCUCCGCCCUGCCGCCUCACGUUGCUGCCCAGAUCCAGGCUCAGAUCCAGGCGCAGGCCCAGCAGCAGGGCGGCGCCGUCCCCCAGCAGAUCAAGCUGCAGCUGCCCAUCCAGAUCCAGCAGGCGGGGGGGCAGAUUCAAGCCCACCAGAUCCAGAACAUGGUGACCAUUCAAGCACCAGCAAAUAUUCAAGAGCAGCUUCAGAGGAUCCAGCAGCAGCAGCAGCAGCAGCAGCAGCUACAACAGCCACUAAAGAAGAAGAAGCAAAGUGAGCCUAAGAGGGAAGCCAAAGAGCCCAAUCUGCAGGUCAUCACUCCUAAAGACGGCGUUCAGAAACCGGUGGUAGUAAAGCAAAACGCUUCAGCAGAACAACUAAAGCAGCGGAAGACGCAGGCUGCUGCAGAGCGGGAGGAAAACCAGAGGAUGAUUGUUUGCAAUCAGGUGAUGAAGUUCAUCCUGGACAAGAUUGAGAAGGAUGAGAAGCAGGCAGCUAAGAAACGAAAGAAGGAGGAAGUGGUGGAGCAGAAACGUUCCAAGCAGAACGCCACCAAGCUGACCGCACUGUUGUAUAAGCACAAGGAGCAGCUGAAGGCUGAAAUCCUGAAAAAGAGAGCCCUGCUGGACAAGGAGCUGCAGCUGCAAGUUCAGGAGGAGCUGAGGCGGGAUUUAGCCCGGCUGCAGAGAGAAAAGGAGAAAUCCCGCGCCGCCAUCACUCAGGCCGCUGCAGCGACGGUCAAGGCCGCUUCCUCCCACUCCUCGCACCUCUCACAUUCCUCCCACAGCUCCCACUCUUCCACCUCCUCCUCCCAUAAACGGAAGAGAGAGGACGAGAGGGACAAAGACAAAAGCAGAGACAGACAUCAUGAGAAGAACAAGAAACGGGACAGGGAGAAGGACAGGGAGCGACACAGAGACCGGGACAAAGACCGAGAACGGGAGAAAGACAGAGAGCGGGACAGACAUCGGGUGAGAGAUCGAGACAAAGACGGGGAUCGGGACGGGGAUCCGGAACGAGAUUCCGGGUUACUAAAACACAAGAAAAAGAAGAAGAAGCUGUCUUCUACCUCAAAGGAUCAUAAGAAGGACACCAAACUGUACUGUAUCUGCAAAACGCCGUACGACGAGUCUAAGUUCUACAUCGGCUGUGACCUUUGCUCCAACUGGUUCCACGGCGCCUGCGUAGGAAUCACUGAAAAAGAAGCCAAGAAGUUGGAGGACUUUGUGUGUAACGACUGUAAACGUGGGCAGGAGGGACAAAGCAGCGAGGAGCUGUACUGCAUCUGCCGGACGCCUUACGACGACACCCAGUUUUACAUCGGCUGCGACCGCUGCCAGAACUGGUACCACGGGCGCUGCGUGGGCAUCCUGCAGAGCGAAGCCAAUCACAUCGACGUCUACGUGUGUCCGCAGUGCCAGUCCACAGAAGAUGCCAUGACGGUCCUCUCGCCGCUCACAGACAGGGACUACGAGGGCUUGAAAAGAAUAUUACGUUCACUACAGUCUCACAAGAUGGCCUGGCCUUUUCUUGAACCGGUGGAUCCUCAUGAUGCACCCGAUUAUUAUCGUGUGAUCAAGGAGCCGAUGGAUUUUUCCACAAUGGAAACGCGUUUGCAAAAGCGACAUUACCAGAAGCUCACAGAGUUUGUGGCAGACGUGACCAAAAUCUUUGACAACUGCCGCUACUACAACCCCAAUGACACGCCCUUCUUUCAGUGCGCCGAGGUGCUGGAAGCCUUCUUUGUACAGAAGCUGAAAGGCUUUAAGGCGAGCAGAUUGUCAGAUUCUUAAUGUGCCAGUCUAGCUGGAGUCUGGACUGGAUGAUGGGGUCUCUGUUGACACUGAAAUAGUAAAAAAAAAAUAAAAUAAUAAUGCAAACUCAAGAGCAAAAAAAAAACCUGCAGAAGCUCAACCACCAAAUGUGCUUUUUUAUUUUUAUUUGUUUUCUUGUUUUUUUUUCUUUCUGAAUAAGUAGUUAUCACAUUUGAACAGGAAAGACGGCAAACUGGCUGCCAUGUUGACAUCAUCAUCUUGUCUUUAGAUAUGUUAGCGUACCGGCCUUAGUGAUCAAUCAAGCUUCCUACGUAGUGUUUUAAAUGCAAUUUUACUUCCAGGCUUGUAUUUAUUUCUGUUGAAACAUCUCAGUUGAAUCAGAUGCGUUGAAGCUGUCGUAUAUAAAAAAGUUGCAUAUUUUAUUAUAGAGGUAUAUUUAUGAAACAUUUUGUAUGUUACUUCACCUUUAAUUGGAUGUUAUCAACCUUUUACGAUGUACAAUGGUUGUCUGACUGUAUGUGACCCUUUUAAUAAAAAAAAAAAAAAGAAAAAUGUCAUUUUAGAUUAGUAAUAUUUUAUUAGUCUAAAAUGGUGUGAAAAGUGA